AAAAGGAAGCGAGUGGGAGAGACCCCCCCCCCCUCCUCCCUUUCCCUCUCCUCCGCCUCCGCCGCGUGAGCCUCCGGUGGGGAUGCGGCGGCUAUGGCGAUGGUACCAGCAGUGCCUGGCCACCCACCCCGUGCGCACCCAGGUGGUCAGCUCCGGCGUCCUCUGGGGCCUCGGCGACAUCGGCGCCCAGGCCGUCACCCACUACUCCCGCUCCCACCGCGCCAAGAACACCGAGGAUAAAGAUAAAGAGUUCAAAAUUGAUUGGAAGAGGGUGGGCAUCACUAGCUCAUUUGGAUUUGCUUUCGUUGGACCAGUUGGACAUUACUGGUAUGAAUACUUGGAUCGUUUCAUCCUGAGGCGAUACCAGCCUAAGACCUUCAAAUUCGUUGCCUCAAAAGUUGCUGCAGAUGGUCUCCUCUUUGGACCAGUUGACCUUCUCUUAUUCUUCUCAUAUGUGGGUCUUGCAUCAGGAAGGAGUGUAGAUCAGGUGAAGGAUGAUGUGAAGAGGGAUUUCGUUCCUGCUCUAGUUUUAGGGGGAACCGUCUGGCCAGCCGUGCAAAUCGCAAACUUCCGCUUCAUUCCGGUGCGAUAUCAGCUUCUUUAUGUGAACCUGUUCUGCCUCUUGGACAGCUGCUUCUUGUCAUGGAUUGAGCAACAAGGAGAUGCGCCUUGGAAGCAAUGGUUCACAUCGUUCCAGAAAAUUGAAGGCCAGAAGGGCAAAGUUUGAUUUUGAUCAAUGGUCUAUCAACCAGCAAAACACCAGGAUUCCCUAUCUCCUGUAAUUUGGAUCAACCUUUGUAUGCUCCGGCUGAUCCAUGAAAAAGAAAACUGGAAAACAGCUCUUGCUGCUAUGGUAGCAAUCGUUUUGAACGAAAUUGCAGUGCUAAGCAGAAGACAUCAGUAUCUGUGUAGAGAUUUUUUUUUCCAUGUUAACUCGAAGGAAAACAUUGCUCAA